AGCCUGCCCGGCAGGCAGAAGCCGGUCCCGGGGCCCAGCUCGCUUUGGGAUGCUGGUUCGGCCCAGACGCUUCCUCCAACCCGUUCCGCCGCCAACCCAGUAACGGCGCGCAGCCCCACCCUCCACCAGGCAACCAGGCGCGGGCGCGGUCACGUGAGGCGGGCCCGCGGAACCAAUGGGCACCUCGCGCGGAAUGGAAGGGAUUGUCUGACCCCCAUGACGUCACAAAGCCGGCGGGGAGCGCGCCGCUCUUCCGCUCCCACGAGCCGGGCAGCGGCCAGCUCUCCUCCUCUCCGCCCACUCGCCACUGCGCAGCCAAUCGGAAGGCGGGAAGAGCUCCGGCCCGAAAGUGUGGGCGGGGUAGCGUGGCUGCCCUGCGGGGCAGGGUCGCUGAGUGGGCCGGGCUGGGGCAAGGGGCCGAGCUACGGGGAGUUGCGCCGGGCUGCGUGGAAGGACCGCCCGGAGGUGCCGCCGCCGCGGCCGCCUCCUUGUUGAGAAGAAGCGGCUCCUCCCCUGCCGUGCCCGGUUCGUAUUCCCUACUCCGGGCCCCGAGCCGGCCCUUCCGGAAUCCUCCUCCACCAUCCCAAAGUUGUGAGGGGGCGGCCGGCGCGCUUGGGGAGCGGCGGCCGCGGGCGUGCGGAGGGACUAACCCCGGAGCGCCAGGAAUCCCAGUCAGAAGUUCCAGCCUGCCGCUGUUCUCUGAUGCCAUGCCAGCACCAACUCAACUGUUUUUCCCUCUGAUCCGUCACUGUGAACUGAGCAGAAUCUAUGGCACUGCAUGUUACUGCCACCACAGACAUCUCUGCUGCUCACCCCCUUACAUUCCUCAGAGUCGCCUGAGAUACACACCCCAUCCGGCAUAUGCUACCUUUUAUAGGCCAAAGGAGAGCUGGUGGCAGUACACCCAAGGAAGGAGAUAUGCUUCCACACCACAGAAAUUUUACCUUACACCUCCACAAGUCAACAGCAUCCUGAAAGCUAAUGAAUACAGUUUCAAAGUGCCAGAAUUUGAUGGCAAAAAUGUCAGUUCUGUCCUUGGAUUUGACAGCAAUCAGCUGCCUGCGAAUGCACCCAUUGAGGACCGGAGAAGUGCAGCAACCUGCUUGCAGACCAGAGGGAUGCUUUUGGGGGUUUUCGAUGGCCAUGCAGGCUGUGCUUGCUCCCAGGCGGUCAGUGAAAGACUCUUUUAUUAUAUUGCUGUCUCUCUGUUACCCCAUGAGACUUUGCUAGAGAUCGAAAAUGCGGUGGAGAGCGGUCGAGCACUGCUCCCCAUUCUCCAGUGGCACAAGCAUCCCAAUGAUUACUUCAGUAAGGAGGCGUCCAAAUUAUAUUUCAACAGCUUGAGGACUUACUGGCAAGAGCUUAUAGACCUUAACACUGGGGAGUCGACUGAAAUUGAUGUUAAGGAGGCUUUGGUUAAUGCUUUCAAGAGGCUUGAUAAUGACAUCUCCUUGGAGGCUCAAGUCGGUGAUCCCAAUUCUUUCCUCAACUACCUGGUGCUUCGAGUGGCAUUUUCUGGGGCCACAGCUUGUGUGGCCCAUGUGGAUGGUGUUGACCUUCAUGUGGCCAAUACUGGUGAUAGCAGAGCCAUGCUGGGUGUUCAGGAAGAGGACGGCUCUUGGUCAGCAGUCACUCUAUCUAAUGACCACAAUGCUCAGAAUGAAAGAGAAGUGGAACGCCUGAAAUUGGAGCACCCAAAGAAUGAGGCCAAGAGUGUGGUGAAACAGGAUCGGCUGCUUGGCUUACUGAUGCCUUUUAGGGCUUUUGGAGACGUAAAGUUCAAAUGGAGCAUUGACCUUCAAAAGAGAGUGAUAGAAUCUGGCCCAGACCAGCUGAAUGACAACGAAUAUACCAAGUUUAUCCCUCCUAAUUAUUACACACCUCCUUAUCUCACUGCUGAGCCAGAAGUAACUUACCACCGAUUAAGGCCACAGGAUAAAUUUCUGGUAUUGGCGACUGAUGGAUUGUGGGAGACAAUGCAUAGGCAGGAUGUGGUUAGGAUUGUGGGCGAGUACCUAACAGGCAUGCAUCACCAACAGCCAAUAGCUGUUGGUGGCUAUAAGGUGACUCUGGGACAGAUGCAUGGCCUUUUAACAGAAAGGAGAGCCAAGAUGUCAUCGGUAUUUGAGGAUCAGAAUGCAGCAACCCAUCUAAUUCGCCAUGCUGUGGGCAACAACGAGUUUGGGGCUGUUGAUCACGAGCGCCUCUCCAAAAUGCUUAGUCUUCCUGAAGAGCUUGCUAGGAUGUACAGGGAUGACAUUACAAUCAUUGUAGUUCAGUUCAAUUCUCAUGUCGUAGGGGCAUAUCAAAACCAGGAAUAGUGAGUGGAUCUUACCCUGGCAGUUCUCACAUGAAAUAGAUUUAAAGAGCAGAUAGAUUUUUAAAAGAUACUAAUAUAGUAAACAUUUCCAGUGGGUCAUUCUAAGCAUUUCCCCAUUUGAUACUCUAGUCAGCCAAGUAGUCCAAGUUGACUUUGUAGCCAGGUGGCAGGAUCCUGAGUCUCCUUCUGCUUAGCUCGGACCUCACAGCACUUGCAGUUGAGGCACGUCAGUUCCUUACUGCAGAUGUCUUAUGACAUUGGCUUCUUUUUUCAACCUGAGAAAAUCAGGAUGACCUUACAAACAGGAUCUUGAAUAGGCCCAAGGCAAGGAACUUGCUGGGCAUAUUCUCUUGGUAAAAUGAAAAAACAUUAUUCACACCUGCAGACCCCUUUCAUCACCAAGAUUCCACUGUACAUGAGAACAUUUAUUUAUUGCAUGAUCUCCUAGAUAUACAGCCUAUGCAUUAUUCAUAUAACUUUAUUUUAACCUGAAGUAGUUUUCAAAUCCAGUGCUUUAAGCCAUAAAGGACCGAGAACCAAGUAAUCUGAAUUUGUGAGUGCUUAUUUGACUGGAAUCCUGCUUAAAUGGAAAAACAAACGCUACCCCCUUCCCCACCCCUGAUUACCUAAUGUGAUUGAAACAUUUUCUGUCUUGCCACACACUUGAAGACAAUAAAGGUAUUUAGUUUUAUCUACUCUUAUUGAUGUUAAAUAAGGGAAAAAUAAUUUUUUCAGUUUAUAUUAAUGAAAAGCUUUAUUUAGUUUGAAAUAAAAGAUCCAGAAUGAAGAGAAGAGACUGAUAUGUUCAAUUACUGUCAUCUGCAGCCACCAGCACGUCACUCUUAUCAUGUAAUCCCCCGAAGCGUGGCAUGCUGUGUGUGCUGGGUAGACUGCUGCUGGGAAAUCAUACUUCUAAUUUAGUAGUGAUAAUAAUUUUCAUCACUUUUGGACUUUUAAGGAUGACACAUAUAAAAUAAAUUUAAAUAUAUAAUUUUGGGGAGUAAGGUUUAAUAUUACCUUCGGGUGCUGAAAUGAGGAGGAAGUUUUUUGUUUUUCCCCACUUAGAUGUAGGUCAAUUAAAAUCAUUGGUUUAAAAAUUACUAAAUGCUUUAAACAUAUUGCAGCUUAUAAAUAGGAAUGUUAAGAUAUAUACAUGAGAAAUUUUUAAAGGUAACUAUUGUGCAUGCCUCAUGCUUAAUGGAACACUUAGCAGCAUCAAGUAUUGUUUGCAGCAGUCGCCAUAAUUAUAUGCAGUCUCUUCCAAUGCUGUAUCAAAGUAAAUGAAAAUAAAUAUAUUCAAAUUGGCUUUUUGGGAGCUUAUUUAAUAUGCAUCAAAUGGCAUUUUGUUCCCGUGUUUAAUGGUGAUCCAUGUACAGCUGUGCAUAUAUUUUCAUCACUUAUUGUAGCAUCACUGAUAAAAGAAUGGCUAUGACUAUGUUUGAUUUUCACAUAGAUUUUAAUACAAAACAUGAUCAGUUUUCCCUUGUGUAAUUAGCUGAGAGGUGUUUAGGUCCUUUCGGAUUUCUGUAGAAUAUGAACUAGAUAUCCAAGGACUCCCUCUGGACUGUGGACACUGAAGCAAGGUAGAAUUGGCUGCAAAAUUUGUUCCAAUUGAAAAUAGACUCAGGAAGAUUGCAGCUUAGAAGACCAUAUGUUUGUUUUCUGAGGUCUAUUUUUUUUCCUUUUUUUUUUUUCCUUUUUUUUUUUUCCCUUGAGUCAGCUUGGAACUUUCCUCCCAGGCAGUAUUUUGGAGGGGGAAAAGCUAUUGUACUAUAUACUUAUUUAUAAAUGUUUCGACAGAGACUUCAUCUUUUAAUGAAAUAUAUGUAGAAUGCAGUAGCAGUUAAAACUCAUUUUCAGGCUACUAUUUGAAUUUCUCUGGAACACCACCACUAAAGAGUUCCACAUUAUCUUAUACUUAGUAAAGUCUCGUCUCUAUAUAGUACAGUAUAUAUAAAUUUGGUUUCCCAUGGUCAUGAUCAAGAUAGUAAUUCUUAUUAUUACACAGGAAACUUGGUCUGCAGUCCAAAAGCCUGUCUACUCUCUAUAGAAGUGAAAAUGCAGUGUGGAGUUAACAGUAUGGAAAUGAAAAUAAUGAAAAUGAAAAUAAUUGGAUGUUAGAAAUAUGAAUAUUAUCAUCUAAAAAAAGUUGAGAUUUUAUUAUAAUUGGUUGUCACUGUGAUUUGAUAUCUAGAAUUAAAGAAUAUGUGUAAACUUUCAUGGUAUUUAGCCUUAAACUUUUUUUAAUUUAUACUUUCUAACAUAUGUAUCAACUUCUGUAUUUAGUCAGUGGCUCAUGGUAUUUAUAAUACGUCCUUAGCUAGUUAAAUGGGAUGGUGGUAUGGUACACAGUACUUGGGGAAAACAACUGUCUUGUAUCUGUGUGAAGAAAUGUGAAAAGUUCAUAUAUAAUAUAGAGAAUGGUCAGAGAAAUGCCCACAGUGAAUUAAAGCUUCAUAUCUGCUUUCUGAA